UUGUUCGUUUAUCUGGUGGAGGUUGGUGGCGGUGCAACCAGUCUGUAAUGGGAAGACAGCCGUGUUGUGACAAAUUAGGAGUGAAGAAAGGGCCGUGGACGGCUGAGGAAGAUAAGAAACUUAUCAAAUUUAUCCUCACCAACGGUCCAUGUUGCUGGCGAGCCCUCCCUAAGCUGGCUGGUCUCCGCCGUUGUGGCAAGAGCUGUCGCCUCCGUUGGACCAACUACCUCCGGCCUGACUUGAAGCGUGGUCUACUCACUGAAUCUGAGGAGCAAAUUGUUAUCGACCUCCAUGCUCGUCUCGGCAAUCGCUGGUCAAAGAUCGCAUCAAAUUUACCGGGCCGAACAGAUAAUGAGAUAAAAAAUCACUGGAACACUCAUAUCAAGAAGAAACUUCUGAAAAAGGGAAUUGACCCGGUCACCCAUGAACCUCUUCAGAAAGAAACUCAGACAAGUGAAACAUCGUCUGCAUCAUCAUCUUCUCCUAGCGAAGACUCUUCAAGAUAUCAAAACAACCAUUCACUGUUUUUCGAUGGAAUUUCAAAGGAGGACUCGACUGUUUCACUAACUGAAAAUAAUUUAAAUGUAAACGACAAGCCUAGACCUUCAAUUUUUCAAAGUCUUUGUGAUGAUGAGAAGUUGGUAAGUUACUUCUUAGACGACAAUGAGCCUCCUCUACUUGAUCAUAUAUCGGAUUGGCAGUUACCAAACAAUGAGAAAAAGUCCAAGAACGAUACAAGCGAGUUCACGUCAUGGGAUGAUUGUGCUACAUGGAUAAUGGAUUGUAAAGAUUUUGGGUUGGAUUUUCUCAAUGAAGCUGAGAUGAGCUUGAUGGACAACAAAAGGACAUGAAUUACUACGUUUUACAGAUCUUAUUAGUCUAGCUAUUAUAUGUUCAUAAAACAAAAGUUUGCUUUACUAAAGAAUGUAGGGCUACUUGCAAACGAAAAUGUAAAGGUGGGAACAAACCUAAAGUAUCAAAACAUAGAGGGGUCUUUGUGAAUAUAGAAACCUCAUGUAUAUAUAAUUUAUAUAUGUAUAUUUAUGAUAAAAGAAUAUGUAAGACCAUCUUUGUUAUAUUUAUUCGAACUUUGGUGCUUUC